AUGACCGGCCUUGCUGACGACGUCGACGACAAGCCCGUCCAGCCCAAGGAAGAGGAGGAAGACGAUGUAACCCUCUCUGACCCUACGGCAGAGGAACCCCGUACACCUCCCCCUCGACCGCGCCUUCAAAUCCAGCCCAAACCGCUAUGGCGCAGACACCUCCUCUCCAUGCUCCUCGUCGCCUUGCUAGCUUGGUUAGUCCUACGGCGUGGGAUUGGGAAAGAGACGAAGCCAAAGGUCAUAUAUGCGAAUCGCUACUCGAACGAUUAUAAAUUCCGCCCUGCCGCCAGCCCUAUUGUCACCGAGACGCUCAAGGACGGGAGACUGCGUGUGCGUGGGGCCGCCCCCACAACUAGCAAGGCUCCGGAGCCCAAGCCCACCAAAACGAAAGUCAAAAAGCGCAGGACCGGGAAGAAGAAGAAACGCAUUGCGAAGAAGAAAAAGGCGGUAGUGAACUAG